GUGAGAGAAACUGUUCCCAUUUGUGUACCAGAGUUACCCUUGCUAAUCAAACACCUGUUGAAAAAUGUUACUGUCCUACUGGAACAUUGUUAAGUGGAGACAUUUGCCAAGACUGCAGGAAUCUGACAUAUGGAAAAAAUUGUGCAUUAAGUUGCAGCUGCAUAUCAAACAAUACAGCAAGCUGUGACAGCAGGAUGGGAACUUGCAAUUGUUUGCCUGGAUGGACAUCACAAAAUUGUUCUGUUGAUAUUAAUGAAUGUUUUUAUACUAGCUGUGGACUAAACAGUUACUGCACAAAUACUCCAGGCAGCUACAUAUGUACUUGCCAGUCUGGGUAUUUCUUGAAUGAUGCAGGGUAUUGUGUUCGUGAAGGUUGUGACAAAACUCUAAACAGUUCUACAGGAGUCAUUCAAAGUCCUAACUAUCCUUAUAAUUAUGAUAAUAAUCUCCAGUGCAAGUGGACUAUCAUUGUAGAACAAGAUCAUGUUAUAUCUUUGAGGUUCUUUUCAUAUGCUGUUGAAGGAUGCCCAUAUGAUUUUGUUCAAGUAUUUGAUGGUAAAAGUACAAAUGAUACGCUGAUUGGAAAAUACUGCACCAGUGCCAGCACACCAAUCCUAAUUGUUUCCACGUCAAACCAAAUGCUCAUUACAUUUAAAACAGAUGGGAGUGUCUCAUAUAGUGGAUUUAGUGCUACAUAUACUUCAUAUAAUUGUCAUGGCAAACAAAACUGUCCUGAGGCCUGUGGUUGUCAAGCAAAAAACACAGACUUCUGUAAUGUAACAACUGGUGUCUGUGUAUGUAAAGAUGGCUGGGGAGGACAGAAUUGCUCCAAUGAUUUGAACAGCUGUUUCUACAAUAGUUCAAUCUGUCCAGCUAACUCCUACUGUGAAUAUAACCAUGGCCAAUAUGAAUGCACUUGUUCUAAUGGUCUUCAAAUAAAUUCAGAUGGAGAGUGUAAAGAUUGUACUUACAAACUACUUGAUGCUGCUGGCUCAUUUUACUUUUACUCCUGGCGCCUAAAUGAUCUUCAGAAUCUCACAUGCUCUUGGACUAUAAUUGCAGAAGAGAACUCUAUUAUUUAUCUCAGUUCUCAAUUCUAUGGCGAUUGUACAACAAACUAUAUUGAAGUCCAUGAUGGCAACAGCUCAAGUGCUCCACUUUUAGGACGCUACUGUAGAGACUUACCAAGGUUGAUUUCAUCCUCAUCAAACUCAAUGUACAUCUCAAUUUCCAAUUUCAAUACAAGGGACUGGUUGUAUUUAGCUGCUGAUUAUAAAACAUGUGGCAGCCAAGAAAACUGUCCUGAGGUCUGUGGUUGCCAAGUAAACAACACAGCCUUCUGUAACAUGACAACUGGUGUCUGUGUGUGUAAGGAAGGCUGGGCAGGAGAAUAUUGUACUAUAGAUGUAAACAGCUGUUACUACAAUAGCUCUAUCUGUCCUGCUAACUCUUACUGUGCAUAUAGAAAUGGCCAAUAUGACUGUAUAUGUAAUGAUGGAUUUAUCAGAACUGAGGAAGGUGCUUGUGAUAGGUGUCCCAACAUGACAUAUGGCUCCCAAUGCCAGUACCAAUGCAGUUGUGUAGCCAACAACACUGCCAGUUGUUCUUAUGGAUCCUGCUAUUGUUUGCCUGGUUGGCAAUCUUAUGACUGUUCUAUGGAUGUCAAUGAAUGUAGUCAAGGACCCUGUGGUGCCUAUUCCAUCUGUAUCAACACUAUUGGGAGCUACAUGUGUCAGUGUAUCUCAGGAUAUGUAAAGGGCCCCAGUGGAUCUUGUACUUAUGCUUGUUCUUAUGAAAUGACUGGUAAUUCUGGUACAAUCAUGAGCCCUAACUAUCCAGCCAAUUACUUCAACAAUUUGAAUUGCUCUUGGACAAUAACUGUAACUGAAGGAUAUUCUGUUUCUUUAAGGUUUCUUGAAUUCUUAAUUGAGGGAUGUCCUUAUGAUUACCUUGAAACAUUUGAUGGAAAUAGCUCAUCUGCUAGAUACAUUGCCAGAUAUUGUGGUGGUGUUCUGCCCAAGGUUAUAUCAACUGCCAAUACACUAUAUUUUUCAUUUAGAACUGAUUCUAGCAUAACACAAAAAGGCUUCAUUGCCAACUACACUUCUUAUGCAUGUCAGCCAUUUACAUUUGGAGAAAACUGUUCCAGCCAGUGUCCUUGCAUACAGAGCAACACCCAGUUUUGUUAUAAAAGUGAUGGGAUGUGUGUUUGUAAAGAUGGGUGGACAUCACAGGACUGCUCUGUAGAUGUGAAUGAAUGUCUGCUACAACCAUUUGUCUGUCCUGACUAUUCAGACUGUCACAAUUUUAAUGGAGGCUUUGACUGUAUUUGUAAUGAAGGGCUGCAAAAAACUGAAGAGAGCAUAUGUGAAGCCAUCAACCAGUGUAGUGCAAGAAAUUGUUCACAUUUGUGUACCAGAAUUACUCUUGCCAAUCAAACAGCUGUUGAAAAAUGUUACUGUCCUACUGGAACUGUCCUAGAUGGAGAUAUGUGCAGAGAUUGCAGCAACUUAACCUAUGGCAAGAACUGCAGCUUGAGUUGUGACUGUGACCCUGUUGGUACCUCAUCAUGUGACAAGACAGGAAACUGUACAUGUUUGCCUGGUUGGCAGUCUGAGAACUGCUCAGUGGAUAUCAAUGAGUGUUACACAUUUAAUGUUUGUGGAGAUUAUGGAUACUGUGUUAACACACUUGGAAGCUACACAUGUGUUUGUCAGCAGGGAUUUACAUUGGGCGUCAAUGGCUCUUGCAUUUGGGAAGACUGUACUAACACGUUACUUGAUGCUGUUGGUUCAUUUUACUUUUACUCCUGGCGCCUAAAUGAUCUUCAGAAUGUCAAUUGUUCUUGGACUAUAAUUGCAGAAGAAAACUUUGUUAUUUAUCUCAGGGCUAAUUUUUAUGGAGAUUGUACAACAAACUAUUUUGAAGUUUAUGAUGGCAACAGCUCAAGUGCUCCACUUUUAGGACGCUACUGUAGAGACUUACCAAGGAUGAUUGCAUCCUCAUCAAACUCAAUGUACAUCUCAAUUUCCUAUUUCCAAACAUGGAACUGGUUGUAUUUAGUUGCUGAUUAUAAAACAUUUGAUGGCCAAGAAUUCCAUUCUGACAUGUGUGAUUGUCAAGUAAACAACACAGCCUUUUGCAACACAACAACAUAUGUCUGUGUGUGUAAGGAAGGUUGGGCAGGAGAAUAUUGUACUACAGAUGUAAACAGCUGUUACUACAAUAGCUCUUUCUGCCCUGCUGGCUCCUACUGUGAAUAUAGAAAUGGCCAGUAUGAAUGUAUUUGCUAUGAUGGAUUUUACAGAACUGAGGAAGGAGUUUGUGACACUUGUCCCAACAUGACAUAUGGCUCCCGAUGCCAGUACCAAUGCAGUUGUGUAUCCAAGAACACUGCCAGGUGUUCUUAUGGAUCCUGCUAUUGUCUACCUGGUUGGGGGUCUUAUGACUGUUCAGUGGAUAUCAAUGAAUGUAGUCAAGGAUACUGUGAUGCCAAUUCUAUAUGCAUCAACACUAUUGGAAGUUUUGAGUGUCAAUGUCUUACUGGAUAUGUAAAAAGUCCAAGUGGAUCAUGUACUUAUGCAUGUGAACACACUUUGACAGAUUCUUCAGGUUUUUUGUAUGACCCUGGAUAUUCUGGACUUAUUUCAUGCUCAUGGACAAUUAUCACCAAUACAAGUUCUAUCAUUGCAUUUCGCCCUGGCUUUUACUCUGCAUACUGUUUUACUGAUUAUUUUGAAGUCUAUGAUGGCAACAGCACAAAUGCUCCACUUUUAGGACAUUAUUGCACAAAUUUACCAAGAUAUAUUGUAUCUACAUCAAAUACAAUGUUCAUUAUAUACCAACGCAGCACAUAUUGGAGCUAUUUUGGGUCUUCUUAUCAGUCAUAUGAUUGUCUUAACAAAGAAAACUGUCCUGAAAUAUGUGGUUGCAACAACAAUAACACAGACUUCUGCAAUAUGACAACCUUUGAUUGUGUGUGUAAUGAUGGUUGGGCAGGAUCAGAUUGUUCCAUUGAUUCUAAAAACUGCUAUUACAAUAGCUCACUAUGCCAUGCUGACUCUUACUGUGGAUUUGAAAAUAACACUUAUCAAUGCAUCUGUUAUAAUGGAAGGUAUAAAGCGCAAGAAAACUACUGUGAAAUGUGUCCCAACAUGACAUACGGCCCCCAAUGCCAGAACCAAUGCCGUUGUGUAGCCAAAAACACUGCCAGUUGUUAUAGUGGAUCCUGCUCAUGUUUACCUGGUUGGGGAUCUUAUGACUGUUCUAUGGAUGUCAAUGAAUGUAGUCAAGGACUCUGCGGUGCCAAUUCCAUCUGUACCAACACUAUUGGGAGCUACAUGUGUCAGUGUAUCUCAGGAUAUGUAAAGAGCCCCAGUGGAUAUUGUACUUAUGAUUGUUCUUAUGAAAUGUCUGGUAAUUCUGGUAGAAUUAUGAGCCCUAACUAUCCUGCGAACUAUUUAAACAACAUGAAUUGCUCUUGGACAAUCACUGUAACUGAAGGAUACUCAAUUAUUGUAAGAUUUCUAGAGUACACAAUUGAAGGCUGUCCAUUUGAUUACCUUGAAGCAUUUGAUGGAAAUAGCUCCUCUGCUAGAUACAUUGCCAGAUAUUGUGGUGGUGUUCUGCCCAAGGUUAUAUCAACUGCCAAUACGCUUCAUCUUACAUUCAGAACUGAUUCUAGUGUAACAAGAAAAGGCUUUACUGCCAACUACACUUCUUAUGCAUGCCAGCCAUUUACAUUUGGAGAAAACUGUUCCAGCCAUUGUCCUUGCAUACAGAACAACACCCAGUUUUGUUAUAAAAGUGAUGGGAUGUGUGUUUGUAAAGAUGGGUGGACAUCACAGGACUGCUCUGUAGAUGUGAAUGAAUGUCUGCUACAACCAUUUGUCUGCCCUGACUAUUCAGACUGUCAAAAUUUUAUUGGAGGCUUUGACUGUAUUUGUAAUGAAGGGCUGCGAAAAACUGCAAAUGGAACCUGUGAAGAGUUACCCUUGCCAAUCAAACAGCUGUUGAAAAAUGUUACUGCCCUACUGGAACUGUUCUAG